CCUACCCAUAUUCUCAAACUGAGUAUUACUUAUAAAUUUAUGAUAUUUCACUGCGGGCAAUUAAUUACGUCCAAGUGGGGCGGCACCUAAUUAUUCUUUUGACGUCAUGCAUCCACGAUAGAUCCAUGCACACUCUCUUUCUGACAGCCUCGUAUAAAUUGAAACUAGCUACUAUCUCAGAAUACGAAGGCUCAUCAGUCUGUGACAGAAUAAGAGAGUGGGGAGUGAUAAUGGGGAGGAUUCGUUCGCGCAGUAAUGAAGGGCAGAAAAGGGAGGCUUGGACUGCUCAAGAAGACAGAAUACUGGCUGCUUAUAUCAGGGCCCAUGGCGAAGGCAAAUGGAAGAACAUCCCCAAACAAACUGGUCUCAGGAGAUGUGGAAAAUCGUGUAGGCUUCGGUGGAUGAAUUACCUAAGACCAGACAUCAAAAGAGGUAAUAUUACGGAAGACGAAGAAGACCUCAUUCUCAGGCUCCACAAGCUCUUGGGCAACAGAUGGUCACUGAUAGCAGGACGACUCCCGGGGCGAACAGACAAUGAAAUCAAAAACUACUGGAAUACUAACUUAGCCAAGAAGGAGCAGGAGAAGCGAGCAAAUGAUAUAUCUCAAGAUGGGGAGAAGGAGAUUGCAGAGGCAAGGGUGUACCAGGGGGCUUUGGAGAGACUUCCUCCAGAGCCUAGGGAGAUGGAGCCCAAGACGGAGUCCCCUGUUGCUAUUGAUGGUCAAUCAUAUUCGCCAGGGGAAGAAAACGGGGAUGCGGCUUUGAUGGAUUUUGAUUUCAAGGACGUGGAGUUCUUGGAGUUUCUAGACUUGGAUUUUACUGGACUUGCAGAUUUUGACAUGUUAAUUAACAUGGACGAUUCCGAACAAGAAGCAGGGCAGAGUGAUUCUCAGUCAUUUUCAUUUUCUGCUGAAACAAACGCUGCGCCGGGGAACCAGAAGGUCACCUAUUGGUGAGGCUGGGGAAACGACUUGGGGUCUCGGAGUGCUUGCCUCGAUCCAGGGCAAGAACGUCGCAUCUAAAAUUUUUGUGUUCUCUUCUGAUCUGAUAAUAAAUAAGAGGAAGGAAGGACGUACGUGUAAAUGAAGUGUUCAAAAUCAGUGAGAGAUUGAUUAUACCUGUCAUCUACUACACAAGAUAAUUUUGUCGGUUCAUGGUUCAUUGAUCUUUCUUAAGUCUGCA